AUGAAAUUACCGCCACUUGAUUUUCAAGAAGUCGAGCCGGUCGGCUGGGCUUUCGAAAAUUGGCUCCAGGAAAACUUCGGAAUCGAGGAAGAGAGCACCGAUGAAAUUAUCGAGGAGGAAGAGGAAACUGAAGAGAUCGACUUUGAAAAACUUGAGCCUGGUGUAAAGCUGGAAAAGGUCAAGGCCUCUGAGUGGAAGGAAAACGAUCACUACGCGAUCCUCGGCCUCCAGGACAUCCGAUACAAGGCCACUGCCAAGCAAAUCAAGCAAGUCCACAAAGCCCUCGUCCUCAAGUUCCACCCCGAUAAACUCGGUCGCCCAGCGACGAAAAAGGACGAAGAAAACUUCGCGAUCAUUACGAAGAGCGCGGAAAUUCUGUCCGACCCCGUCAAGCGUCGAGCAUUUGAUUCUGUCGAUCCCAAAUUUAACAAUUCCAUUCCAAAAGCGGAUGAUCCAAAUUUGAAGACAAACUUUUACGGGAUUUUUGCCCCUGUUUUCGAGAGAAACGCAAGAUGGGCUCUUCAGAGAUCGAAAGUUGUUCCAAUCGGACAUGACGAUGACGAUAGAAAGACUGUAGAUCGCUUCUACAACUACUGGUAUGAUUUCAAAUCGUGGCGAGACUUCCACUGGGAAGACGAAGGAGACCCAGAGCAAGCGCAAGAUCGUUACGAGCGCCGAGCAAUUGAAAAAUACAACCGCCAGGGUCGUGUGAAAAAGAAGAAGGAAGAAAUGUCCCGAAUCCGGAAACUCGUCGAUCUUGCGUACGCCAACGAUCCGCGAAUCCAGCGCUUUGUCGACGAAGAAAAACGAAUCCGCGACGAAGCGAAGCAAAAGAAAAAAGAAGAAGCUAGGCGAGCGAAGAUAGAAAGAGAGCUUCAACAGGCCAGAAUCACCGCGGAAAAGAAAGCGAAAGAAGAUGCUGAGAAAGAGCGAUUGGCAAAGAUCGAAGAGGAGAAAAAAGCGAUCGCGAAGGCGGAGGUCAAAGCGAACAAAAAAGAGCGACAGAAGUUCCGAGCCCUGGCGAAAUCAGACAAAUACUGGGUCCCGGACGAAGAGCAACUGAAAAUGAUGGAAGAUGUUGAAUAUCUCUGCACAGCGUUUAACGCCGUCCAAUUGGCGGAUUUGAACAAGAAAAUGAACGAAGCAGAUGUCAGUGCUCGAGCAGACAUUGUUCGAUCCUCAAUUGUCGAUUUCAAAGCUGCUGAAGCGGAGAAAAACGCCAUCGCCACUGAAAAAUCAGCACAGGAAAAGGUCAAGGCGGCAGUAGUUUCCGGCGGCUGGAACACCGAUGAUAUCCAAUUGCUGACAAAGGCAAUGGUAACCUUCCCCGCUGGAACGCUUAAUCGUUGGGGAGUCAUCAAUGUCUGGAUGAACGACCACGGCGCAAGCAAAGAGCGAGACGAAAAGCAAAUUCUCAAGAAGGCUAAAGAACUCGAAAAACAAUCGAUGAGAGCUCCAGGACAACAGGAUGCUUUCAAGCAGUUCCAGAAAGAUAUCAGUAAGAAAUCGGGCGACAUGGAUGGAAAGAAAAACACUGCUGCUUCAAACGCUGGUACUGCCGCUGCGCCUGCCCCAGCUCAGUGGGCUCAAGACGAGCAGAAACGACUAGAGCAAGCUCUGAGAGGGUGA